AAAAGCUUCACAAACAGCCUUCUUUCCCUUCUCCUUCGCUUUCCAAUUCUCUUUCUCCCUGAUACAAUCUUUUCCCUUCUGCUCUCUGCCUCUGCCGUGCCGCCAUUGGCAGUGUCUCAUACUUUCAAUAAAAUUCCUGGUCCUUUUUUUUAUGCUCUUCAUAGAAUCCUAGCAUCAAAGGGCCGAACAAACCCCUACUCCAAUCUUCUCUCUUUCUACCCUUUUGACCCUUCAAAUUUCCCACACCCUUCUGUUAUAAACCCCAAAACCGUUCCAUUUAAUGCCCUUUCUCGUUUUAAAACAGAUACAAGUGGGUUUUGUUUUCUCUUCAACCUUUGAUUUUCAUUUUCAUUAGGUAUUUUCAGUUUCUUUCUAAAUGAUUACCAAGAUAUAACCACUUCUUCGGUAACAGCCAUGGCAGAUAAAGACCAAGAUUUCUAUUCCCAUAAAGUCCCGUCUGCUUCUCAGGUUAUUGAAGAGCUAAAAGAGCUAUGGGGCAUGGCGUUACCCAUUACAGCUAUGAAUUGCUUGGCCUUUGUCAGACAAGUGGUGUCCGUUCUGUUCUUGGGCAGACUUGGGAGUCUAGAGCUAGCAGGCGGUGCGCUUUCCAUCGGCUUCACCAACAUCACUGGCUACUCUGUUCUCCUGGGUCUUGCCUCCGGGCUCGAACCAGUUUGCAGCCAGGCUUAUGGCAGCAGAAACUGGGACCUCCUCUCGCUCUCCCUCUUCCGCAUGAUCUUCAUACUUUUCCUCGCAAUCAUACCCAUUGGCUUAUUGUGGAUUAAUCUUGAAGGCAUUAUGUUGUUUAUGCGGCAGGACAAAGAAAUCACGGCCAUGGCUGCGACGUAUUGUAUGUAUUCUCUCCCGGACCUUAUAACGAACACGUUGUUGCAGCCGCUGAGGGUGUUUCUGCGGUCACAACAAGUGACGAAGCCGAUGAUGUGGUGCUCUCUGGUGGCGGUGAUCUUCCAUGUGCCGCUCAACUAUUUGUUGGUGAUGGUAAUGAGGCUGGGAGUCCCCGGGGUGGCAAUGGCAUCAGUGGUUACUAACAUGAACAUAGUGGUGCUGUUGGUUGGGUAUGUAUGGGUGAGUGGCCGGUCGGAAAUGAGAUGGACGGCCGGGAUUGGGAAGUUGUGCGGUGGGCUGGGUCCACUUUUGGGGCUGGCAGUGCCUAGCUGUCUGGGGAUCUGCUUGGAGUGGUGGUGGUACGAGAUAGUGACGGUGAUGGCGGGUUACCUGCCGAAUCCCACACUGGCUGUGGCCGCCACUGGGAUUUUGAUUCAGACCACAAGCAUGAUGUACACUGUCCCCAUGGCCCUGGCUGGCUGUGUCUCUGCCCGAGUGGGAAAUGAUCUAGGAGCUGGGAAGCCAUACAAGGCAAAGCUGACAGCAACAGUCGCGUUGGGAUGUGCUUUUGUCAUUGGCUUCAUCAACGUGGCAUGGACAGUGAUCCUUAGAGAGAGAUGGGCAGGUCUGUUCACCACGGAUGAUCUGAUCAAACCAUUGGUUGCAACCGUUUUGCCAAUCAUAGGGCUAUGUGAGCUCGGAAAUUGCCCUCAAACGACUGGCUGUGGCAUCCUACGUGGCACGGCAAGGCCCGUGAUUGGGGCCAGGAUAAACUUGGGCUCCUUUUACUUUGUGGGCACCCCAGUGGCUGUAGGCCUAGCCUUUUGGCUCGGUGUUGGGUUCCCCGGGCUCUGGUUUGGGCUACUGUCUGCACAAGUGGCUUGUCUUCUGUCCAUUUUGUAUGUCAUCUUGAUGUGUACGGAUUGGGAAGCUGAGGCUUUGAAGGCAAGGAAGCUCACUAGCGUGGAAUUGAGCACAUGCAAUGGAGAUGCGGAAAAGGGAUAUGAAAAGGAUGAGGAGAUAAAAGGGUUGUUGGAUAAUGGGAAUGGUAACACAGACGAAGUUUUGUAGAAAGAGAGGGAAGAUCUUUUGAAGGGAUGGUUGUGGGACUGGCCUUGGUUUCUUUGUUUUACUUUCGCUAGCUUUUUGGGUCUGACUCAUGCUUGAGUUUUGUAUUUGCUAAUUAUGUGUUGGUGUUUUCUUGGGGCUGUGUUCUUCUAGUGAAAGGGAAUGUAAUGUUGAACAUCAAAUCCUGAAGAAUGAUCA